AUGGAUGACUGGAGAAGCAGUAUUUCAGCUCAGGAGCGAACACAGUUCGUUACUGAGCUAGCGCAGAUUCUAGCUGAUAUGAGCCGAAUCAACGGUGGAGAGAAGGCGAACUUCAAUUUAGAGAAGUUGAAGAAGAGUGCGGAACAGUUUGAGUCCAGCCUGUAUGCGAGCUGCAACUCGAAGGAGUUGUACUUGGAUGCUAUGAGAAAACGGAUUGCGGCGAUGGAUUCCGCGAAGAGGAAGUCGAUAGAGGCGCAGAGACAGAAACUCGCGCAGGCAGCGCAGGCAGCUCAGAGACAGCAACAGCAGCAGCAACAGCAGCAGCUUCAAAAGCAGCAGGGGAACAAUGGAAUUCCUGCGAAUAUCAACGCGCAGAUGUUCUUGAACCAGCAGGCUCAGGCUAGGCAGCAGGCGCAGAGACAGAUCAGAAGCUCGCUCACUGGCCAGCAGAUGCAACAGUUGCAGCAACAACAGCAACAACAACAGCAGCAGCAACAGCAACAGCAACAGUCUCCAAAUAUGAUGAGACCACAGCUCACGUUGCAGCAGCAACAGCAGCUUGCUAAUGAGUUGAAAGUAACAGAGAUCCCCAGAGAAUUGCUUCAGAAAAUACCCAAUUUGCCAGCAGGGAUCACCACUUGGCCUCAGAUCACCGAUUGGGCGCAGAAAAAUAGACCCUCUCAAAAUGAUUUGAUUAUCACCAAGAAAGUGUAUCAAUUACAUCAACAGCUCUUGAUCAAGUCGAAACUUCAACAAUCUAAUGUCAAUAGAAUGAACACUUCGGCACAACAAGUCAUGGGGAUGCAACAGAUGCCUACCAACCAGAGGAUGGCUAUGAAUCAGCAAAUGCAACCACAACCACAACCACAAUCUCAACCUCAACCGCAACCUCAGCCGCAACCUCAACCUCAACCCCAACUUCAACAGCCACAACCACACCAUCAAGAGGCACCCGCAGUGUUGAAUAGGCUCAACCAGGUUUUCACUCAAGCAGAGCAGAAGAUGCUCUACGAAGCUGGUAAGAAAAUGAUCGAAAACUUACAGAGAUCUGGGAAAUUACCUCCAAACCUUGAUAACCAACAGCAGUUGUUGUACAUCAAGAAGUACAUGAAUCAGAUGGUGUUGAAGAAAAUGCAGCAAUUAGGUAUUCCAAUCCCAAUGCCAGGGUCUGCUCAACGACAAACCCACCAACCACAACCACAACCACAAUCUCAACCUCAACCUCAACAGAGACAACCACAACAGCAACCACAGUUGCAGCAGCCUCAACCUCAACUACAACAACCAUCCAUUCAGCAACAACCAAAUCAACAGGUGCCUCAGGCUCAACAGGCUCAAGCCAGAAGACAAGCUAUGGCCAUGAAAUCCAACCCUGUUGGUGGUGUAAUGAACUUGCAGUCUCAACAGGCCCAACAGGCCCAACAGGCCCAACAGUCUCCUCAAAUGACCCAGCAGCCAAUGAUGCAGCAGGCGCAACAACAGGCUCAACAGCAACAACAGGCGCAACAAUCUCAACCUCCAAAGAUUUCUAUCCCAAGACCUACAGAACAAGAUAUGUUGGCUUUGAAGAAAUUGAAUGCUGAAGUAACCAAAAACCCUGUAAAACUUAAUGAUAUUACCAACAGGUUAACUAAUGAACAAAAACAACAGAUCAGAUCCAAACUUCAUGCUAACCAACAGCUCUUUAGUAGUGUCGAAAGCUUUAUCCCUACUCUAUACAUGUUGACUAGAAACGAAGAACACAUUAGACAAUUGCUACAAAUCAGAAUGCUUACCAGAGAAAUUAUGGAGAAGGCUGUCAGAGGUAUAUUCCUUGUUGAACCAAACGUUGUUGAUAAGGUUAUCUUCAGGUAUCAAAAGUACUAUGAAUAUACCAAGGAACAAUUGCUAAGAAGACAACAGCAGUUGAUGGCUAUGCGUCAAAUGCAAAACAAUAACCCUAAUUUAACGGCAAAUGAACUAAUGAAGCAGCAGCAAAUGUUGCAAGCAAGAAAACAAAGCAUGGGUGUACAACAGCAACAGCAACAGCAACAACAACAGCAACAACAACAACAGGCCCUCAAGCAAAACCAGCUCAAUAUACAACAACAACAGCAACAGAAGAUGGCUGGUACAGGCAACAAUCCUAAUGUGGGUAUUGUUCUCGAUUCAUCUAUGAAUGCUGCCAGUAGGUCAGGAACCAAUAUGGAGUUUUUGAAUUCACCUGAGUUUAAUGCUAUUUCUCCAGCUGUUCCUUCUCCAAACAAGGACAAAAAGACACCUGCUUCAAGAGCAGUCAAAGGAAAGAAAAACUUACAACCGGGUAUUCCAACUUCCAAUCCUCAAUCGAACAGCAAUCCUAGUGUUGUUAAUUCAAGGACAACUACACCUUCUAUGGUCCCUGGUUCUUCCCCUAUGGUAAACAACAAGAGUUUGGCCCCAGGCCAACUAAGUACACCUUCUCCAAAGACUGUAGUUACUUCACCAAUAAGACAGGAUAACCCAUACAAGAAUGACGAACUCGUUUUGAAGAAGAUGGCCAUUAGAAAGGCUGAACUGAUGUCUCGUUAUAAACAUCGUAAAGAGGUAUUCGCUUCUUCUGCAAUUGACUUGUUCUUGUCUACCUUCGCAGACUGCUUAGACAUUAAGGACGACGCCGUUGAUUUAGUUCAAAAGUCACCACAACCUAUAAUUGACCAGAUAAACGGUACAGGUAAAAAGAAAUUGUCAAAGGCUGCCCAGAAAGCUAGAGAACAAGACCCAGUUGAAAUAUCUGUUAAGAAUAACAAGCUACUAAUGCCAAGUAAAAGCGAGAAAGCUUUGCGCUCGUUCAAAAUACCGAUCUCUGAUAUUACAGCAUGCUUUAAGCCGUUUGUGGACCCUAAGCAUCUCAUAUUGACUUCAACACCUAAUCCAGAUGAUAGAAAGAGAAAAUUAGAUGACCUAGAGAUAAGCCCUACAGAUUCUUCUAGCGAAUUGAUGUCCGAGUCAAAAAAGGUAAAAUUUGAUUCACCAGAUGACAUGUUUCUAAACGAUCCGUCAUCUGUUCACGACAUCAAGCCCUUAGUAUCAUCAGAUUUGGGAGUUAACUCUAACAAUCUGAAAAAUGCAGUACCGUCUAUGACUUCACAAAAUCCUACGACCAACGGAUCCACAGACUCAAGCACAAAUAUCUGGGAUUGGAACUAUUGGGAGAAUCUUUGA